GUGAGAUCAAAGCGGGGGCGCGGGGUGAUUGUUUUGUGUAUGUGCCCUUCCUAGAGUCCAACUGCCAGGUGACUACGCUCUUUGGGGAGUGCUGCCGCGCUAACGAAAGCCAAAAAUGGGGAAGAAGACGAAGAAGCCUGGGAAAGGCAAGGAGAAAACAGAGAGAAAGACUGCGAAAGCAGAGGAGAAGAGAGCUCGCAGGGAGACUAAGAAGCUUUCCCCAGAGGACGAUAUCGAUGCCAUACUGUUAAGCAUACAAAAGGAGGAAGCCAAAAAAAAGGAAGUUCAUGUUGAAGACAAUGUUCCUGCACCUUCUCCUCGAUCCAACUGUACGCUCACAGUUAAUCCCUUGAAAGAGACAGAGUUGAUUCUUUAUGGUGGUGAAUUUUACAACGGUAACAAGACUUUUGUCUAUGGUGAUCUUUACCGAUGUGAUGUGGAGAAGCUGGAAUGGAAACUAAUUUCAAGUCCUAAUAGUCCUCCUCCUCGCAGUGCCCAUCAGGCCGUUGCUUGGAAGAAUUAUCUUUAUAUUUUUGGUGGUGAAUUCACAUCUCCAAACCAAGAACGAUUUCAUCAUUACAAGGACUUUUGGAUGUUGGACCUGAAAACAAAUCAAUGGGAACAGCUUAAUUUGAAAGGGUGCCCUAGUCCACGCUCAGGACAUCGAAUGGUAUUGUACAAGCACAAGAUUAUUGUUUUUGGUGGCUUCUAUGACACUCUUAGAGAAGUGAGGUACUACAAUGAUCUAUUUGUAUUUGACCUUGAUCAAUUUAAGUGGCAAGAAAUAAAACCUACGCCUGGUGCGAUGUGGCCAAGUGGGCGGAGUGGUUUUCAAUUAUUUGUUUACCAAGAUGAGAUCUUUUUGUACGGGGGCUAUUCAAAAGAAGUUUCAUCUGAUAAGAAUAUCUCUGAGAAAGGGAUUGUUCAUUCAGACAUUUGGUCCCUUGAUCCUAAGACUUGGGAAUGGAACAAGGUCAAGAAAAGUGGAAUGCCUCCAGGGCCUCGUGCCGGGUUUUCCAUGUGUGUUCAUAAGAGGAGGGCAGUGCUAUUUGGUGGUGUUGUGGAUAUGGAAGUUGAAGGUGAUAAAAUGAUGAGCUUGUUCUUAAAUGAGCUUUAUGGCUUCCAAUUAGAUAAUCAUCGCUGGUAUCCAUUGGAGCUAAGAAAGGAGAAGUCAACGAAAGAUAAGUUAAAAAAGAAUGAACGGAAGCCUAUAAAUGAUGUUGAUGACAAACGAAAUCCUCAAUUGGAAGCAAGAGAAGAAAAUGAGGAUUCAGAAUUCCCAGAAGAAGCAAGCAACAUGGGAGUCAACAUUCAUAAUUUAUCCCAGAAUAUUAAAUCAAAUAUGACUAUUGCUGAUAGUGCAACAGCUGAAUCUGAAGGGAACCUGCAGGAAUUUCGUGUUAGCUUGGACACUCAAAGUUCUUUGCCUGAGGUGGUGAAGCCUUGUGGACGUAUUAAUUCCUGCAUGGUUGUUGGGAGAGAUACAUUAUACUUAUAUGGUGGAACAAUGGAGAUUAAGGAUCGAGAAAUCACUCUUGAUGACUUGUAUACUCUGAAUCUCAGCAAACUUGAUGAAUGGAAGUGCAUAAAACCGGUAUCGGAAUCUGAAUGGGUGGAGGUUUCAGAUGAUGAUAAUGAAGAUGAUGAAGAAGAUGGUGAAGAUGAAUCUGAUGGUGAUACCCUAAGUGAUGAUGAUGAGGAUGAGGAUGAGGAUGAGGAUUUGUCUCAGAAUGAAUCAGUUAAAGUGGGAGAUGCUGUUGCUUUGAUUAAGGGUGGGGUGAAAAAUCUGCGGAGAAAAGAAAGAAGGUCACGAAUAGAACAGAUCAGAGCAAGCCUUGGUUUGUCAGACUUGCAAAGAACACCAAUGCCGGGAGAAUCCUUGAGGGAUUUCUAUAGGCGUACAAAUUUGUAUUGGCAGAUGGCUGCUCACGAACAUACUCAACACACUGGAAAGGAACUCCGCAAGGAUGGGUUUGAUCUUGCUGAAGCUCGGUACAGGGAGCUAAAACCUAUUCUUGACGAGCUGGCCCUAUUAGAAGCUGAGCAGAAAGCUGAAGAGGAUGAAGGGCCUGAAACUAGUUCAAAGAAAAGAGGCAAGAAGAAAACUAGAAACUGAUUAUUUAGCCCGAAAAUCCGGCAUAAUCAAGGCUGUAAUUUAAUAUGCAAUUUUGGUGGAGUUUGAUGUCAAGAGAUGCAGAGUGCGCGCUAGAAACUACAAACAUAUAUGCAUAUGAUUGUAUGAGAUUAUAGAUUAGCUCGCAAUCAAACCUGACUUCUGCGCGUUUGGUUUCAUGGUUUUCAAUAUGAAGCCUAACAAGCUCAGAUUUGUUGUAUGAAUUGUGUAAUAGUUUCACCCAAGGCUUUUCUGCCGCUUUUCUUUUUUCAAAGAGUUUUAUGGGAAGUCACAUUGCACGGGAGAGAAGUCCGUGGCCUUGCAAUUAAUCCUUAUAUACGUGAUUUUCUUUCUUUC